CUAAACACUGGUUAAAGACAGGUUCACACUUCUGUUUCUCCAUUAAACUCAAACCUCUGUCCUGUACAGACACCAAACACUUCAGACAACUUUAACUGUCUAGUCCGACUGGAUCCCAUUAUUAACAUCUCUGCAGCACUGGAUCAUGGUCCUUCAGGCCAGUGGUGUCAUGAGUAUCCCAGCUACUGUAAGUGUUGACAAUCAGCUACCUGCUUCUUGGACGACCCACUACAACUGCACUGAUGUUUCUAUGAUGACAUCAAGUCGAUUUUGGACUCAGGAUCCUCACCCUCAGAACUGGACCAAGUACCAGGUAUGGGAAUGGCUCCAACAGACACUGGACAUGCACCAAAUUGAUGCCACCAGCAUUCCCUUCCAAAACUUUGACCUUGACGGGAGGCAACUGUGCAAUAUGAGCUUCCAAGACUUCACCCGGGCAGCCGGAUCCGUAGGUUCAAUUCUUUUCCAGAGCCUGACUGACCUCAAGUGGAAUGGUCAGUAUGGUCAAACAGAUAUGUUUACACCGGCUGACAUUAAAACAGAAAUAGAUGCAGACUUCCCAUGUUCAAUUCUCCCCUUCAAGGAAGAAUCCAGCUUUUACAGCACUCCAGAACUGUUUGAUAUUAAAAGCUCAUUCCAGACUAGCACCAUAUUGCCCUCACCAGCUCCUUUAAGCCCAGAUCCCAAGCGGUCACAAGUCAAAAGACACAACCCCCGUGGGACGCACCUUUGGGAGUUCAUCCGAGACAUUCUCCUGAACCCCGAGCGUAACCCAGGCCUGAUCAAAUGGGAGGAUCGCUCCGAGGGAGUUUUCCGCUUUCUGAAGUCAGAAGCUGUGGCUCAGCUCUGGGGAAAGAAGAAAAAUAAUAGCAGUAUGACCUACGAGAAGCUCAGUCGAGCAAUGAGGUAUUAUUAUAAACGCGAGAUCCUGGAACGGGUUGAUGGACGUAGGCUUGUCUAUAAGUUCGGCCGAAACGCUCGAGGCUGGAGAGAGUCGGAGAAAUGAAGGACUUUUUUUUUUCUUCGUACGUAUAGCUUUCAAGUGAAGCCUUUAUUUAUGACGCUAGUUUUGACGCCAUGGGACUACGCUGUUGUUUUUAUAAUAAUCACGUGCCUGUCUGUCAUCUUGUUUUUUUGUUUGGUUGUGUUUAACACACUCUUCAACACUGUUUACAAAUGUACCAUUGACUUUUUUUAUUUGAAUUUCACUCGUGUCUAGAAAUGAGAAAUGUAGUUUUCUUAUUGUUUGGAUUGUCGUCGUUUGUCUUGAAGGGUCCUGAGCAUGAAGUGCUGUUGCAUGAACUCAUAGAGGAGAUUUAACUUGGUAAAACACUUAAAAUGAAGGACUGGGUUAAAAAAAAAAGCAGCUUAAAUUGCAGGUUGUGGUUUAUAUUGAUAUGGAUUUCAGUAUACAUCCUGAACCACGAAAAGCCACAUUGUACAUUUUUGUAUUGAUGUUUGUAAAUAGAUGUAUGUUUUACAAUUUAGGUUAUAAAAAAAACUCAAUAAUAAAAGUUUUUAAACUUU